AAUCAAAUAUUAAAUAUUGGUAGUUGGCAUCAUGUCUGAGGAUUGAGGAAACUUUUGUUGAAAAAUACACUUCUGCCGAUUGAGAGAGAUGAGAGCUCAAUUGCGACGUUAAGGUCCCACACAACUAGUGCAACUCCACAUUUAUUUGUGCAAAGAAGCUUCGUUCUCCCACUGGCUUUCUUCAACAGGCACUGAAUUGCUGCCAAAAUGCUGCUUGAUGCAACAACGAAAAUUGAUGGUGGGCCCCAGGAAGAUCAGGGUUUGUCAGGACUGGAGUCACCCUUGGAGUCCCUCUCGGUGUACGACAGAAAAGGGGAAUUGUCCGAGUUGGAAAGUGCCAUUUCCAAGGUUUCUUUGCAGGAAAGUGACGAACAUGCCAGUGACAAUGAGGAAGCAGAAACAGAAGGCAAGGAUCAGACAUCCCUUUCAGAAGUAGUCAAUGCCACCACCAAGGAAAAAAAGUCUGAAAGUGUACCUGACAUUCACUCAGACAGAACAGAUGAUGUUGCCUCCGAUUCCAGCGAAAAGGAUGAUGCCGGUUAUGAAAGUGAAACGGAGAAGGAAAAAGAUAAUGACGAAGAGGACAGCUUGACCUCAGAAAAGAAAGAGAAAAAAUCAUUGGAUGAAACAAAGACUAAUGAUGCAGAUCGUGAUAUUGAAGAUGCAACAGAGAGAAAAGAAAAGAAAGGUGACAAAGAGUCAGAGGAAGAAGAUACAAAAAAGUCUACCGAGAAAAAGAAGACCACUGACAAUGGCACUGCAGAGGAACCUGCACCUUCAGGCAAAAAGCUUUUGCCCCGGGGCCUAGGAGCUGGAACACUGAGUCAGAGUGACCAGCAGUAUCCAUACCCAUUACAAGGAUUUGACUUCUUGCUUGCCGAUGCGCCAAAUGUACCUUCAGGGCCAUUUACUCAGGCCAUGAGUCCCCAAUACGCCAUGUCACCAACGUACAUGGGAAUGGCAGUGUCACCUAUGUCAGGAUACAAUGAAUCCAGCGUACAUAGUCCAUUGAAUGGUAUGAGUAACGUUGACGGAAUGUCUGGCAUCAAUUUAAGUCCGUACAUGAUACCAGAAAGCCCCAAUUCCAUGCAGGAUGAGAACGAGUUUGUUCAGCUAUCACCACAAAUGCCAGACAGUCCUAUUCUGUCAUCACAUUUUCAUUCAACUGAUGAUGUUUUGGAGGCGAUUGCAAAAGUGGAGAACAAUCCAAACACCCCUGUUCCUACUUUAGCGCAGUUGCUCCCCAUCAGGCGGCGACUUGAGGAAUCACUGGAAGGCUUCAUGCAUCCUGAUGUAAACCAGGAUGUUAACAAUGCAACAUACCUGGAAAAUCAAAAUCUUCAAAACAGCAGCAAUGAUUUCUUCAAUUUCCGACCAACAGAGCCAACACCUCCAAUGACUGAUUUUGAUUUGUCCCGGCGGGAAGCUGAACUUGAAAUCCACCAGUGUCUGGAUAGACAGCUAUUUGAUAAAGCAUCAAAGAAAAUGGCCAAGAUAAGCAACGAAGAACUUACGAAGAAAGACACUGAGGGAGACACGCCUUGCAUGGUUGUGGCUUGUCAGCAAGAGGACAGCGAUAGAUUCCGCGAGAAUUUAUGUGCAAUGGUGAAUCGAGCAAAGACAAUCAGAAUGUGCUGUGAAUACCCAAUAAAUAAUAGAACACCCAUUAAAAUGUGCAUGAUAUGUGGCAAAUCUGAUGAGCAGAUGUUCUACUCUCCAUUUGCCAUGGUCAAUAAUGAGGGUGAUACACUGUUGAGUAGUAUACUGAAAGUUGGUCAUUCUCAGCAAGUAGUGAACUUUAUCUGUGAAACCAUCUUUCAAAAUCCUGCGGACAUCAAUAGAAUUUUCAGCCAAGAGAAAAUAGAAUUUUACCAAUUCUUCAAACAGUCAUACCCUGUCUUGGGAGUGUUCCUUCCUGACUACUAGAAAGUGGAGAUGAUGAAACCUGUGAGGCUUUUGGAGAGUUAGGCUUUCUUUUUGAAAUAUAAUAGUUUGAAGUCUCAGGAGAAUUUGCCAUACUUAGAAAAGUGUAGUGCUGUAUUAUAAAUUUUAUCAGUGUUCUAAUGAUUUGCUCAAUUGUUGUGCCUGCAUGAUAAUUUUGGCUCAAAGGACUUACAACAGUUCAAAUGUAUGCAGGAAUAUUUAGCGGUAUGGUUAGAUUGCCACAGGAAUCUGUAAUAUUAAAAUUACUAUGGAACUUUGGUUGGGUCUAUUGCUUCUCUAUGAAUUCAGCAGAAAAAACUGAAGGGAAUGUUUUUGCACUGCCAGUGGAAAACAAAGCUGAGGACUAUAGCUAUAACUGGAGCUGUAAGCAAAUCUAUAGGUGCCCUACUACUUUAACAUGCAAUUUUUAAGUCUUUCCAAGUGUACGUGUACAGUAACUAGAAAAAAAAGAAAACUGAGGGAUGCAUAUUCUUUCGUGUGCAAAGUAGAAACAGUAUUAGCAUGAGUAAAGGUAUGUAUAUGCAGGUAUAUAAAUUGUUCCCUUUGGGAUAAAAAUGAUAAUCCAGUACCACUCAUGGUAUUACUAAUGCUGUUUUUAGAAUAUGGGACCAAUCAUGACAUUACUACUAUUGGUUUUUUUUUCUAUAGAUUAUAUUAAUCUUUUUUUACCUUCAGAGGUUAUUCCUACAUAUUUUUUAUUACACAAUAACAACUUAGCUUUUAUGCAUCUGUUAGGUAGAUAUGUGGGUGAUAAUCAAUGAAAAUUUGACUAUGAUGUGAAAAUGCAUAAACACUGUAUGUGGAAAUUUUUUAUAUUAGCUGUUGGAAUAGAAUGUGGUGUAGAUAAGAGUACAGUAUCCCUAAUACAGCAAAAGCCUUUACCAUGAGAGUUACCAUAUCUACUUUGGUUUAUGUAUUAAAUAUUCACUUUAUAGGUUAUGAGAUAUUUUAUCACAUAAUUUAAAAUUUUCUGUUCCUUUUGAAGGCCUGCACAAAAAGAAAUUCUCAAUGAAAUGUUUUAUCACACAGUAGUUUAAAGUACUGUGUUUCAUUUCAAAGUCUGUCUAAAUGGAAAUUGUCAAGUGAGUGUGAAGUUGGGAAAUCACGUGAUUUUUAUUGAAUGCUAUUAUAUUUUUCCAUUGGUUCCCAAUAUAUUUCAUUCAGAUUGUUCAGUCUUCAGAUAUAUGAAUUUUAUGAAAAAAUUCUUUAUGUUUAUGUAUGUAUAUAAUGUAUGUAGAAAUAAUCAUUUAGUAAAUAAAUACUUUUAGAAAAAAAAUUAUAAAUAUUUCAUAUGCAAACUGUUCUUAGGUAUACAUAGUGCCAUUGUUGUUGUUCAAACAGCAACUCCAUUUUUAAUUCUUUCUUUACAUAAGCUUUCUCUUCUUGAAAGUUCCCUAAUCAGUCCUGAGUAAAGACACUUAGUGAUCUGGUUGAACUGAAGAAAAGAAGAAAGACAUCUUGUGUUAUCACCCUUAAAAUUACAAUAUCAGAAAUGAUUGCGGUCACUGAAUUAGGCAAAGGACAUUACUAUAAGUUGGAAAAGCAUAUUCUACAUGGGACAGACCUCCUAAUAUGCUGUAAAGAUCUGGGAAAAAAGGAGCAUAUAUACUUUUUCAAUACCUCUAUAAAAAUUGAGGUGUGUCUUACAUGUUGGCAAAUAUAGGUUCCAGAACCUGCCAUAAAUGCAAAAAUCCCCACUAAAAAUUCUUAUAAAGCGGCUUAUAACUGCCAAAUGUCCAGUACCCCAUAAACUAAAAUGUUUAUAACUCUAGAACAGUUAAUAUCACUUCAAACAAAAAUACACGCAAACCAUCAUCCCAAAACAUCCUAACACAGAUUAAUACCCUUUUACAACUGUUACUCUUCAGUAUAUAUACCCCCUAAAAUGUUUAUAACAAUGAUUUACUAAUUUUAAAACACUAAUAUGUAUUAAUGUAAACAGUAAAAUAUCUAUUAAAUGUUUAAUACAAAUUAAAAAAAAAUUUUUAUACAAAUUAAAUAAAUCUGUCUUACAGAACAUUUGAUAACUAAUCACGUUGCCCUUUUACUUGUAUACAUAAAAUAAGCGGUUUUCUCUCUCUAUUGAACUAUUAGAACUUUUUAAAAUUAUCACUAAUUU